AUGAAGAAGAAGAUGAAGAAGGUAAGGGUCUUAUCGAUUGGUGAUAACUGUCGAUUGAAUCUUGAAUCAGUUGGCGGCGGCGGCAAAUGUGGUGGUAGUUGCAGAGGUGGUGGUGGUGGGGAUGUCCUCUACCAACAACAACUUUGGAUCUUAGUACUUGUCAAACCCUACUUUGAAAGAAAGGAAGAUAGGGAUAGGAUUCUAAAUGUAGAGGCGUGGAUGUUUGAUCAACAAAAGCUUAAUUUAAUGGAAUGGUUUCCAGGGUUUGAUGCGGACAAACACAAUACUUCUAAUGCUACAGUUUGGGUUAAGUUUCCUAGCUUGCCUGUUGAAUUUUGGAUUGAGAAAACGUUGCUGGCGUUUGAUAUUGAUGGCAUUCAUGUUACUGUAGGUGGUCGUGAUUUCUUGCAACCUAUUGAGAUCCAAAACAUACCUAAAUUCUGCACUAAGUGUAAGAUUAUUGGUCAUAUUGAUUCUGAAUGUAGAAAGAAGCAUAAGAAUACUACUGGUAAUGCACAACAGCAUCAUAACUCGGGGCAGCUACAGAUUGCAGAUAAUAUACAACAAGUUUCGCAGGAGGAAGUAACAAAGUCUGAAGCUGUAUUUCGCUCUGCCUAUGUUGAAUUGGAAAGAACUAAACAUAAGGCAGCAGCGUAUGCAGCGUUAGUUUCUGGUGCUACAGGAAGUAUGCCAAAUUCUAAGUCAGUCAUGAAUUCUGAAACGUGGGAGAGUAGGAAUUCAUUGGAUGACAGGACUGUAGUUAAUUCUUCCGACACUCCUUUAAAUGAUGCUCUUUAUGCUAGAGAAACCAUUGUGUCACCGAAUCAGUUUGAUGUGCUUAAUGCAGAACUGGGUUUACUUGAUGAUACUAUUUUGGGGGAUGGUUCCAUUCAUUUUUUUGACGCUUUAUCUGGAAAGUGGACUUCCAAGACACCUGUUAUUCUUGCACGUAAUACUUCUGGUCCUGGACUUCCAAGCGCUUCUCGGAUUACUGGGAAUUCAAAUAUUGGUUCUAAAUCUGAUCAAAACUUGGAAAAAGGAGUUAAGGCAGCGACUUAUAAAACCAAGUCUGUUGAUGGGACUCCUAAAAAAGAUGCUGGCAGAUCUGCGCAGAGAGUUAAGUUAUCUAACACAAAUUUCUUGGCUAUUACUAUAGGUAUUGAUGGUGUUAUGUUCUCUCUGGUUCAUGCUAGUAGUGUGCAGGUUACUAGAAGGGAUCUUUGGAGACAACUCAAUUUGGGCGAUCAGCAAGUUCCUUGGCUGGUCAUUGGCGAUUUCAAUUGUGUUCUUCGUAAUGAGGAAAAAAAGGGUGGUGCUAGUCCUAAUACAGCCGUGGUUAAUGAGUUUAGUGACUGGAUAUAUGAUAAUAAUCUAUUUGAGUUUAUUGAAUCUUUGGGUUGCAAUUUUACUUGGUCGAAUAGACAAUCGGGUGUUAGAAGAACUAUUAAUAAGCUAGACAGGGUUGUGAUAAAUGAGUUUUGGUUGAAUCGUUUUGGGAAUUGGCGGUCUAAAGCUCUUCCUAGGGAAGUUUCUGACCAUUCUCCUCUCAUUGGGUAUACUUUUGUUAAUUCUAGGACAAAAAGAUCUCCUUUUCGUGUUCAAAAGAUGUGGUUUUCACAUCCAGAUUUUAUAAGAAUGGUGCAAGAUAGUUGGAAUGCUCCUUUGGAGGGAUCUCCGGCUUAUGUUUUUGCUCAAAAGUUAAAAAGUCUCAAGGGUGAUACGAAGGUGUGGAAUCAGCAAGUCUUUGGUAAUGUUUAUGUCAGGUUUAAGCAAGCUCAACUAAGGCUAGAAAAUUCUUUAAGAAUAGCUCAUGAAGACCCUUUUGAUUUGCAUAAAAAUAAUACGAUGAAAGAGGCGUCAGUUAAAGUUAAUAAUAUCUGUAUGCAGUGGGCUACAAUGUUAAAUCAAAAAUCUAGAAAUCAAUGGUUGGUUGAAGGUGAAAGUAACACUAGUUUCUUUCACAACAGUAUUAGGAAUCGAAGGAGUAUUAAUACCAUUUCGGAGCUGGUGGAUGAUCAUGGGCAGGCUAUUACAUAUUGUGAUCAAAUUAAAGAUCUUGCGGUGAACUAUUUUAUUAACAAAUUCAAUGGAGAUGUCUGUCCCGGUAGAUUCUAUAUUUGA